AUGCGGCGGAUAGCUUGUGUGAGGUUAAACGUAGGUUUAUGCCGAUAUCUUGCACAUGACGCGGCAAGCGGCGUAGCCCCGCCGUCGAACGGUGUGAAGGAUCAGCAUGCUGUUGGAAGAGGCGUUGUCCUACCGGCGGUUAGAGCCGCGAUGUGUGUGGCUCGUCCUUGCCCGAUGUUUGCUGCUACAAUAACAAGCAAUGAGAUUCCCCAUUAUGACGAUCCGUGUGUAGUUUGGCGUGAAUAUUUUUCAUUGCAGUACCGUAAGCCGUACUACCAUCAUCUUGUAACCAAUGUAACAACGUUCGAAGUCCCUGAGGGGUUCACGACCCGCUUCCCAACGUAUCACCGACGCCAAAAACUUUUCGUUGACGAAGCGAAUCGUGUUUUUAGAAACAGUGGUUCCCUAGGUGUGAAGACCAACGGAAUAGUAGGGAAUACGGAUGGCUUCGGUUCAUCCUCGUCCUCGUGUAGCGGUUUUCCACCGGACGUUAAUCCUCCUCCGCCAUCGGGGCCGUCGCCGCACGGGGUUUCUGGUUUAAAACAUAAACUGGCCGCUUACGGCGCGGGUGGUUUGCUCCUUUACCUCAUCGUUCACAACAUUUUAUUGGCUAUUAUUUUCUUUACCUUGUACUUUCUUCACAUCGACGUUGUUGCUUACGCUCGGUCGUACGGGUUCAAAGUUGGAAAAGAGGACGGUACUUCCGAGGCACCAUCUACAGAUGUGGAUAGCGGCAACGGGAAGGGAGAGAAGAAAUAUCCCUCAUUUUGGACUGCUUUGGCUCUUUCAAUUCUACUGAACAAGCUUCUUGUGCCUUUGGAGGUGGCUGUCACCGUGGUGCUGGCCCCACGUCUUGUUCCACGGUUGCAACCGAUCGCCGCGAGAGUCAUUCCGCGCGUGAAAUCUAUUAUUGCAGGUUGUAAGGCGGGAAAGUAA